GAAAAAUUAUAAGAUUUUCUAAAAAAAAAUAAAAGUUACGAAAUUGUGUUUAAAAAGUUUUGAAAAAAUCUUCGAACAAAUUGAAUAAAAUUAGAUAAUUUGUAUUGAAAAGUGGCAAAACAAAUACAGGAAAUUUGAAAAUUUGCCGAAAGAAAUUAUAAACGAAACUACAAAAUAAUCUCUAUAAAUGAAAAUAAACUUUAAAUAAAGAAAAAGAAAAAUUUUAAAUAAAAAUUUUAAAAACUAUCAAAACUAAAGAAAAUUUUAAUAACAAAAUGUCUGCCGCUACAUUAUGUUUUUGGCAAAAUUCUUCAACUGCAGCAACAGCACAAACUAGCUCAAUGCCCGAUAGUACCACCAGUCCCACCAACUCGACCAUGACUUUAACCCCCGAUUCACCAACGAAAACUUUACAAAUUAAACAAUUAAAUAAAAGCAACAGUAAUUUGUUAAAAAAUCAUCAAAAUAAAAAUAUAAUUAAUACAAACAACAACAACAACAGCAGCAACAAUAACAUGUUUCAAUAUAACAAUAAUAACAAAAAUAUACAUGAUUGGGAAAUGCAAAGUAAUGGUAUCUCCCAAAAUACUCAAUAUACUCAUCACAACAACAACAACAACCACAGCAGCAGCAACAACAAUCACCACUACAAGAAAAACAAUAAUAUUAUUGUUUUAGAUGACAAACAACAGCGUGAUCAGCAUCAUCAACAUACCGUAGAACUUUCCAAUUCUGUACGUCUUAUUGGUGGUUAUGAUGCCCAUGAUGUUGAAAAUAUUAAUGUAGAAGACGAUAAUGCUGGUGGUGCUAGUGAUACUGUUGAUGGUUUGUCUAAAUUCUAUUGUAAUGAUAAUGAUGCUGAAAAUAAUGAUCGUAUUGCAAAUCUAAACGAUCGUAUGUUGGUUGAUCAAGAGGUGGCUCGUAGUCAUCAGCUGCUUAGAAAUUUGUCUGCAGCUUAUGUAUCCAGUGCGGCAGCUGCCGUUGAGGCUGGCAGUGGUGGUGGACGUCAACGUCAUGCUCCACUAUAUGGUCGUUUUGUAGGUGAAGAAGAGCUUCCUGCUACACAUCGCGAUGUUAUGCAUCAUCGAUCUAGUCCAACGUCUUCAUCAGAGGUGCGCGCCAUGCAAGCACGUAUACCAACACAUUUUCGUGAUCCCGCAACGGCGCCGUUAAGAAAAUUAAGUGUGGAUUUAAUCAAGACCUACAAGCAUAUAAAUGAGG